GUAUAAAUCAAUUGAUCCCAAUAAUAAUAUUCUCAUGUGAUGAACGUAAUUUGGCAUUAUACUGAUGAUUUUAGGGACAAAUGUUUUCAAGAAUAGUGAUAGUUUUCAGUGGGCCUCAACUGAACACAAAUAGUAAAAUACCCAUUAUAAUCACUCUGUAUACAAAACAAUAUGAAAGCCGAUAAAAUUAUAAAUACCUGGUUGUGCGAUGUCAGACGCAAGUUGAAAAUAAAACGUAAAGUGUGACAUCGGGAGCCAAUUCCCGUAAAGUAAUAAACAUUUAUGUAUUGUUGUUUAUAAAAAAGUUUUGAAUCCUAGGAAGUGAAAUAGUUUGAAUAAAAAAGAAAACUGGUCUUUAAUUAAGUUACAAUGCAGAAAGAAUACAAAAAGGGGCACACAUACUUGCAGUGGACAUUUGCAAUAUUAUCUAAUUUAACACUCCUCACGUACGGUCUCGAGUGUGGUUGGAUCUCCCCUACGACCAAGAUCCUCCAAUCUGAAGCUUCUCCUACUGGUUACCCUUUAUCAGACAAUAUGGUGUCUUGGAUAGCUAGUGCAAUGAGCAUGUCAGCAAUAUUUGGAGUAUCACUAUAUUCAUAUAUUGCUGAUGCAUUUGGGAGAAGAAUUGGUAUCAUCCUCAUAGCGGUCCCAGAAGCGAUUUCAUGGAUAAUUAAACUAUCAUAUUCUUCUACCACAACGCUCAUAAUGGCAAGAUUUUUUGCUGGUUUAGCAGCUGGAGGCUGUUUUAAUAUUGUACCAAUGUACGUUAAGGAAAUUAGUCAAGAUGACAUGAGAGGGGUACUGGGUACCAUGCCCAUGCUUUUACAAACAGUGGGUUUACUAAUAAUGUACAUAAUUGGAGCAUAUUUGAGCUAUUUUACUGUAAUUUCGAUUGUGCUGGGUUUCUCAAUUUUUACAACCGUACUACUGCUCAAGGCUCCUGAAUCUCCAGCUUUCUUGGUUAGAAGAGAAAAAAUUAAGGAAGCAAUUGAAACAGUUGCAUUCUUGAGAGGUCUAGAAAAAGAGGACAAAAUUGUAAGAAGUAUAGUAGAAGGUAUGCAGAAAGAAGAAGAGCAUUUUAAGACUCUACCUAACCUCAGCAUCCUUGGCAUAAUAAAAGAAAAGUCAUGGCGUCGUGGUAUUACACUUAUUAUGUUCAGCUUUAUGUUCCACGGCUUGAAUGGCUCCUAUGCCAUUAUGACCUACGCAUCAACUAUCUUGAAUUCAACGGGAGUGAAGUUUGACAUAAGCCCAGAAAUCCAGACCCUUAGUUUCCCAAUUGUUAUUAUCAUUAGUACUUUAUCACUUGCAGCGUGCGUUGAAAGAUUCGGAAGAAAGCCACUUCUCAUGGGUGCAUAUCUAGUAUCUGCGUGCUCCAUGUCAGCCAUAGCAAUAAUGAUGAUUAUGCAAGAGCGGGGCUUUAUCGUGCCCGGUUGGCUUCCCGUUAUAACUAUGAUGUUACCUGUAGCUAUGUAUGGAGGUGGGAUAUCACCUCUUCCUUACAUCAUUAUGACGGAAAUGUUUAACUUUCAGAUUCGUGCCAGAGUCGUAGGAAUAGUAGUCACAUUUGGUUGGUGCAUGACGUUCAUUUUGGUCACUAUUUACACGCCAAUGUGCAAUACUUUUGGACAGUUUUCUCCAUUUGUUUUUUAUAGUACUAUAAACUUCAUGGGAUUUCUUUUCACUAUGAUAUUCAUACCGGAAACAAAAGGCAAAAAUGAAGAAGAAAUUUUGCAAAUGUUGACGAGAGGGAAUUUAAAAUUACUAAGUUCGAUUUAAUUUUAAAAAUAAGUAUUUCUGUCAUACUCUA